GUAUUGCGAAUGUUUUACGUAAAACUUGAGCUAUUUUCCCUCGGAAAUCUUUUAUCUAUAACUUUCUAUAAUUGAUCCUCCUAGAAAGAAACAUAAGUUUUAUAACAUGAAUCAGCUUAUAAUAAAGCUACAAAAUUCUAGUUAUAAUGAUAUGGAUUUAGAAGAUUUUAAACAAUCUUUGAAAACGUACGACUUUAGUCUGUCACAUUUAACAACUCAUGAAAUUUGCCGCGUAUUUUCUCAGAAUGCCACUAAAUUUGAACUUCUACCAGAAUUAUUAAAAUUCUUGGAAAAAGCCUUAGAAAAUAGGAUAUCUCCUCAACAGUUAAAUCAGUAUGACUUUCCUGCUCUUCUCAUCAACUUUCUAUCAUCAAAAGAUAGUACCAAAUAUACAUUGAAAUGCUUAAAUAUCCUCUCAAAACUAUGCUAUAAGUUAGACGUAAAUCUUGCUGAGAACCUAGCAGAAAAAUUUAUAAACGAAGCUACAGAAAUUAUAUUGAAGUCUUAUGACAACGACGACUGCUUAUUCACUUCCGCUGUUUCAGCACUUGUUGCCGUCUCUUUUGAGAACGAAAAUUGCAGGCGACUGUUAAGAAAUCAUAGCGAUUUCGACAGGGUUUGCAAAAGAUUUGUUUUAAGUUUACAAAAUGCAGACGAUUACGCUGCAGUUUUGGGAUUUCUUGCGAUAGAAAGAUAUUGUAUGCACUCUGAUUUUGGAUUAUCAGUAUAUAACAAACCGAAUAUCAAUCAAACGAUAGAAUUUUUAUUCAAUUUGAUUGUUUUUAACUCGAGCAUUCCUGCAAGAAAACUGGCUGUUGACCUGUUUAUCCAACUUAUAUCAUAUUCCAAUAUUGUUGCAGAAGUUGGUAACUUUACUUUCUUGGAACAAUCAAUAAAGCAGCUAAUAGAAGUAUUAUCGAUUAAGGAUCGUGCCGAAGGUGUUAUAGCGUUGUUAAUUAACUUUCUUGAUGUAGACACGUUGUCGAAGCAAGUUUUGAAGGUUUUUAAGUCGACAACUUUAAGGAAUAAGGAUAUUGCUGAAAUAUUAGUGACAAACGAUUGGAGUUUAGAACCAAUAUCUGCAAUUGUCUACUGGACUUUUAACGAAGUGGAUUCUCUUGCUUUGCAGAGCUCAUCUCUUAUUAUAAAACUUCUGGAAGAUUUACCAGAAAGUGAGGAAGAUUUGAUCGAUAAAAUAGAAUUUAUGUGUAAACAAUUGAAUUUGAAAUUAAAAGGAUUACAGACUGGAUUCCCAAAAGAUGAUUUAGAGAGUAAUUGGUUUAAGAAUGUGUUUUACAUAAUCUCAAAACUAAAAAAUGAGAUAAUAGUGUUGAAAUUGAAAGAAAAUUUAGACUUAAUAACUUUAAGGGAGCUUAUAGUGGAUAAUAUUGCCAACUUGAACGUAUUUGAAGUUGAUAAGGAACAAGCAGAGUUAUUUCUAGGAUUAUGUGCAACUUCUAGUAGUUUAUUAAAAAAUUUACACGAACUUGUUACUGAUAAGAUUCUAUCGAAGAUUUUAAGCCAAUGUAUAUAUUCUAGAAAUCCCUUGAUUGUUUGUCUUUGUAUGGAAUUAUCAUCUACACUGAAAAAGCGCAAAUUCCUGAUAAAAACACUGGGAAAACAGCCGUUAAAUAAUUCAAAUCUACAGCGAACGCAUCCGUCUCAGCAUCAAAAGAUGCCGAUCGAUCUGGAAAGUUUAAGAGAGGAUGAUGCUGAUUCAAGAAUCAACGAUUUAAUAGCAAUAUACGAAAAGCGAUUGGAAGAGCUGGCUCUUAGAGAAGAACAGACGAGACAAGCCCUUGAAUCAAGAAAUUCGGCUUUGACAGAAACGGAUAAACUUCUUAAUCGAUAUAAAAUAGGUAUGGCUGAGGCAGAUGCCGAACGUAAGCAACUUUUAUCCAUCAUUUCAAAAUUCGAAAACGAGAAUAGAACAAAAUUCAGAGUAAAAGAAGAAGAAGUUGCCAAAUUAAACGAUGAUAUAGCAAAUAUUCUAAAGCAAAAGCAGAAUAUUGAAAAUGAAAAAGCUUCUCUUAAUAAAGAAUUAACAGAGUACAAAACGGUGUUGAAGGAAAACUCCAGUGAAAUAAAACGCCUUAAGCACGCCAUUACAGACCUAAAAGGUCAAAUUGACAAAAAAGAAAAGCUUUUAAACGAGUCAUCUAAGGAAAAUCAUCGAUUAGAAACAGCUAUAUCUGAUCUCAGAACCGAGCUAGGCAAGAAAGAAGAGUCUUUAAAAUUGACGACCGAGAAAAAGAAAGCACUGGAGAUUGAAGUAGAUAAAUCAGGAACAAUGAUUACAGAGCUACGCGAUCAACUUGGAAAGUAUACCCAAAUGGCAAGCUUAAUAAAUGGAUUAACUUCGGGUAAAAUAGAUGCCAGCAUUCUCAAUACAUCUUGACUUUGUAGUAUAUAUAAUAUACAUAUAAUUUAUACUGCAUAUAUAUAUAUAUGCUGUAUAU